UAAGAAAGUAGUACACCUCUUAAUUCAUUGUAUUAGGAUUUAGCUAGGAAGCUAGAUAGGAAGGAAUUGAAGCAAUGGUGGUAAUAUUUCAUCAAGAAAUGGAGCUUUAUUCAUGGACAGCCUUUGACGUGUACAUUACCUGGUGGUUUCUCACCUCUAUGUCCUCAGACAAACCUCCCCACCUCUCCCAUUGCCGUCUCUCAAUCCUUCCAUUCCCAACCAUGGCGGCCAUCUCCACCUCCCUCUCUUUCUGCCUCAUUUUCUUCCCCCUAACAAUCCUUGCCCAGACCGCCGAAAUCCCUAAAGGUUUCUUUUUGAACUGCGGCGGAAACGAGGAGGUGGAACAGAAGUCCCUCACGUUCGUCCCAGACGACCCGUACAUUUCCGUCGGAAACAAAUCCGUCGUGAAACAGCCCAACAUCCUUCUAACGUUAACCACAGUCCGCUAUUUCCCCAGCAGCAAGGCCAAGAAAUAUUGUUACAGUUUGCCGGUGGCUAAGGGGAAAAAGCUGCUGCUGAAGACGGUUUAUUAUUACGGCGGGUUUGACGGCGGGAAGGAGCCGCCGGUGUUCGAUCAGAUCAUCGACGGGACUAAAUGGUUUGUGAUUGACACCAAGGCGGAUUACGCGAAGGGUCUCAGCUCCUACUAUGAAGCCAUUGUUAUGGCGCAUGGAAUGGAGCUAACGCUCUGUCUUGCUAGGAAUGAACAUACGGGGAAUUCCAGCCCUUUCAUUUCCGCCAUUGAAGCUUCUUAUCUUGAAGACACCAUUUACAAUUCCACUGAUUUGCACAAAUAUGGAUUGAUCAACCUGGGCAGACACAAUUUUGGGUCUGAUUUAGAUAUGAUUGGUUUUCCAGAUGAUCCAUACAACAGACUCUGGAUUCCAUUCCUGGACCAUAACCCAUCAGUGCUAAGCCACUCCCACGUAUCGCCGGCGGUGUUUUGGAACAGGCCGCCGAAGGAAGUGUUCACGACGGCGGUGACAACAAGCAGAGGGAAAACGCUGACGCUCCACUGGCCGCCGUUUUCGCUCCCCAAUACUUACUACUACAUCGUUCUUUACUUCCAGGACAACCGGACGCCCAGCCCUUAUAGCUGGCGGACAUUUGACGUCAAGAUUAACGGAAAGACGUUUUACAGCAAGCUGAACGUGACCACAGACGGCGUCAGUGUUUACUCUCCGGCUUGGCCGCUUUCUGGGAAUACAGAGAUUUCUCUGAUUCCGGCUCAAGGUGUUCCGGUCGGGCCUGUGAUUAACGCCGGAGAAAUCUUUCAGCUUUUUCCGUUGGGGGGAAAGACGCUCACAAGAGAUGUGGCGGCGUUGGAGGAUUUGCAGAAGAGCAUGAAGAACACGCCUGAGGAUUGGAAUGGGGAUCCAUGCCAGCCAAAGGAUAAUGGAUGGACAGGAAUCACAUGUAAUAAAGGGAAAUCAUUCAGAGUUGUGUCUCUGAACUUGACUGGUAUAGGGCUGAGUGGAACACUACCUCCAAGCAUAUCCAAAUUGACUGCACUUUCCCAUAUUUGGCUAGGAGACAACAAACUCUCUGGUAAAUUGCCUGAUUUGAGCCAAUUGAAGGGCCUGAAAUCUCUGCAUUUGGAGAACAAUCAGUUUGAAGGAGCAAUCCCUAAGGGUCUAGGCCAACUACCAAAACUCACUGAAGUGUUUCUGCAGAACAACAACCUAAAUGGUCAAGUCCCAGAGGGGCUAAAGAACAGAAAGAACAUAAACCUCCAGGUUUGAGGGGAGUUGUCGGCCGAUGAAAGGAGUUGGAAGAGCUGAAGCAAUGAGAUUAUAAGCUAGCAACAAUGGAUGUCAAGAAAGGGAGAGAUGGAGAUGGAUGUUGGAUUGCCAAUUUGAAGAACAUAUGGAAAACCUGAGUGUCUAAAGUAAUGAUCUUCAGUGGAAAAUGUACUUUAAGGUCCUGUGUGAACAGAGCCAUAACAUAGUGAAGGAGUUUGUUUAUACAUUCAGAAGUUCAAUUUGCAAAUUUCAAUGCCAUGUUCCUCAAAGCAAUCCUAUGCAGGAUCUUAUUCAUCAGAAA